GCGGGGAACUGAGCACAGAAGAAGAAGAGUGUACUCCUGCAGCUGUGUCUGUCCAAUGACUCUUAGUCUGUUAUUCACUUUAAACUGAAGAUGUCGGAAGAGCUGCGGUCACAGCUGGAGAACUACCUGCAGACCCUGGACAUCCAGACCACCUGCGUGGACCACCCACCGGUGUUCACUGUGGAAGAGAUGAUGCCUCACCUUCAGGAAGUGGGCGGAGCUGUCACCAAAAACCUUUUCCUGAAGGACAAGAAGAAGAAGGGUCUGUGGCUGGUGUCUGCUCGCCACGACCGCCAGGUCAACCUCAAUGACCUCGCCAAGAAGCUCGGUGUCGGCAGCGGCAACCUGCGCUUCGCAGAUGAGGCAACCAUGUUGGAGAAACUGAAGGUGGGUCAGGGCUGCGCUACGGCUCUCGCUCUGCUCUUCGAUAAGGACCGCAGCGUAAGGUUGGUCCUGGACCGGGACCUGGUAGAAGGAGGCCACAACAUGGUUUACUUCCACCCCAUGACCAACGCCGCCACCAUGGGGCUCCGCCCACACGACCUGCUGCGCUUCCUCAAGGAGACGGGACACGAACCCGUCCUAGAGAGCUUUGAGUAGGGACUGGACCUGGGUCAGGGAGUGGACAGGAUCAGGCUGCAGGGAUUAAAGAGUGUUGUAGUCCUGUCUGCUGUUAGACCAGGACCUGGAGAGGACCUGUUUAUCUUGGAGGGAGUUUCUGAGGAGGGAAGUCUCAGUCUCAGUCUCAGUCCUGAGUCUUAGUCUUUCUCUGUGUGUGUGUGUGUGUGUGUGUGAACCCCCCCUCUUUUUCUGUGAACCUCUCUCUCUCUCUCUCUCUCUCUCUCUCUUUCUCUCUCUGUAUUGUUUUAUAAAAUCAGCAAAUGAAUAAACAUUACACACUGACAGUUCCCAGGAAUUCUUUCACACGCUGUGUGUGUGUUUCUGGACUGGUGGUGAUCAGAUUCUGAAUUAAAGUUAAAAUACUUUAAACUCAAGUCAUCAUCACCAUCAUCAUCAGGAUCGGACCUGGAACCAGGACCAGAACAGAGCCAGACCAAUGCCAGACUGCCCCCCUUCAUGGUGCAGGCCCCUGGACACAGAGAACAGACACAUUAUUGAUCAUCACAUGUACUGAAUCAAUAAUUGAUCAGAUGUGAUGUCUCCACAUUAUCUCAGUGAGCAGCUCACCUGUUGUCUGUGCUCUGCAGUGACUGACGCUGCCCCUUUAAGAAAUCCAGGAAGUGGAAGGGGGAGGGGUUGCCUGGUUCAGGGGUGGCGCUGGCUGAGGGAACAGGUGUGUGCGCUAACAGGGAUGAUGUCAUUCUCUGAGUCACCUGGGAGAUGAGGGCUAGGACAGCGUGGACAGAACGAGAGAGAGGAGGAAGAGGAGGCCUUCAUCACUCCUGUGUGUCUGCCUGAGGAGGAGAUCAAUGCUGCUGUUUGUAGAGGUGAGAGAGAGACGAUCACAUGUAGCUGCAGUUUCAGCUCUUUAACUCUUCACCUGUUGUGUGUGAAACAGGUGUUCAAUCAGCUGUUUAAUAAACCGACGACUGGAGUUCAUCCUGUUUCAGUUAGAGAGCAACUGACCUGAGUUCAGCCUCCGACCAACACACACACCUGGAGAAUAAGUCUCACCCCAAACUGAGCUCAGCUGACGUUUUAAACUGGUGGUAGGAGGGGGAGGGGGAGGGGGAGGUAACAGAGCUAGAACAGAGCAAGUCCCGGGCCCUGCUUUGGUCCUGGUUCUGGUUCCGGUUUUAGUCUUGUUCCUGGUGCUGGUGCUGGUUCCGGUUUUGGUCUUGGUUCUGGUUCUGGUUUUGGUUCUGGUGCUGGUGCUGGUUCUGGUUCUGGCUCUGGUUCUGGCUCUGGUUCUGGUUCUGGUUUUGGUCCUGGUUCUGGUUCUGGUGCUGGUUCCGGUUCUGGUUCCGGUUUUAGUCUUGUUCCUGGUGCUGGUUCUGGUGCUGGUUCCGGUUUUGGUCCUGGUUCUGGUUCUGGUUCUGGUGCUGGUUCUGGUUCUGGCUCCGGUUCUGGUUUUGGUCCUGGUUCUGGUUCUGGUUCUGGUUCCGGUUUUGGUUCUGGUUCUGGUUCUGGUUCCGGUUUUUGUCUUGGUCCUGGUUCCGGUUUUGGUCUUGGUUCUGGUUCUGGUUCCGGUUUUGGUCUUGAUCCUGGUCCUGGUGCUGGUUCCGGUUCUGGUUCUGGUUCCGGUUUUAGUCUUGUUCCUGGUGCUGGUUCUGGUGCUGGUUCCGGUUUUGGUCUUGGUUCUGGUUCUGGUUCUGGUGCUGGUUCUGGUUCUGGCUCCGGUUCUGGUUUUGGUCCUGGUUCUGGUUCUGGUUCUGGUUCUGGUUCCGGUUCCGGUUUUGGUUCUGGUUCUGGUUCCGGUUUUUAUCUUGGUCCUGGUUCCGGUUUUGGUCUUGGUUCUGGUUCUGGUUCCGGUUUUGGUCUUGGUCCUGGUCCUGGUGCUGGUUCCGGUUUUGGUUCUGGUUCUGUUGCUGGUUCCGGUUUUGGUCUUGGUUCUGGUUUUGGUCUUGGUUCUGGUUUUGGUCUUGGUUCUGGUUUUGGUCUUGGUCCUGGUUCUGGCUCUGAGCUUGCAGAUGAAACUGGUUUUAUCCUGGAGGUUUGAACAUUUUCUGACUUUCACUACAUGGCUAUAAACGUCCUCCAUCUUUGCUCCUGUUGGUCUGACCCCUGACCUCUGACCUCUGACCAGUGGGAACCUGCUUUAUCAGGUUGUUCCAGGUGUCAGGGUGCAACAGGUGAACAGAGAACUAACAGGUGAUUAACAGUCUGAACACAAACACAUACAGUGUUUAAAUGACUCACAGGUCCCUGUGUGUGUGUGUGUGUGUGUGUGUGUGUGUGUGUGUGUGUGUGUGUGUGUGUGUGUGUGUGUACUAUCACCUGACUGAGAGUAAACAGUGCAGGUGUUAUGGGGGGAACAGUGUCUGAUGUGGUAUGGUGUCAGUUUUUAAAUGAAUUGAUUGAUUUGAUUAUAAACAGGUUCUUUUACUCUGA